AUGAAAGCACCUAGUGCAGUUAUAGUGUUCAUAGUAUGCCUGUCAGCGGCCACACCACUACUGGCCUUCAGUGCCGUCGGCGACGUUGUCGGCAAACUGACGGUCGGAUACCAGGGAUGGUUUGGCGCCAAAGGGGAUAACUCACCGCAUAAUUCAUGGGUCCAUUGGGCACAGGGUAGUGACCAUCCCUGCAAAGAUCACUCUAAGGUUGACGUCUAUCCGGACACUCGGGAAUACACGCAAACCUACCAAACGGGUUACGCAAACCUCGGUAAUGGACAGCCGGCUAAGUUGUUCUCGUCGUGGGAUAAGCAGACUGUGGACACACACUUCAAAUGGAUGAAAGAGAACAACAUCGAUACGGCGGCGCUUCAACGGUUUGGGGGUCACGUAAAGGCCAACCCCGUCGACGCGAAAACCAUGAACGGUGUGGCCGACAACGUGAGGGCGGCCGCCGAGGCUCACGACCGCAAGUUCUACAUCAUGUGGGAUAUCAGCGGUUGGACUAAAUAUACCACAGAUCUCUUCGAGGACUACGACAACAACAUCAAGCGCCUGGUGUCCAGUAAGGCCUACGCCCACCAAAACGGCAAACCCGUGGUCUGCAUCUGGGGCUUUGGGGUCAGCGGUCGGCCGCAGGGCCCGAAGGAAGCCAUCGCCGUCAUCGAGAGCCUCAAGCAACGGGGUCUCUAUGUGGUGGGCGGUGUGGAUACCCAUUGGCGCACCGACACCACCGGCUGGAAGGAUGUCUACUUGAAGCUCGAUAUGUUGCAGCCCUGGGCGGUCGGCCGCUAUAAUAAUAUCAAAGGGGCCGAGGAUUAUAAGACGACAUUGGAGGCCGACCACAACCUACUGAAGCAGCAUAACAUAGACUUUCAGCCAGUUUUAUAUCCGGGAUUUACCUGGGGCAAUUGGAAGUCCGGGGCUGUACGCAAUCAAAUUAAACGUGAGCAUGGUGACUUUAUGUGGCGUCAGUUCGUGAACGUGCGAGAGCUGGACAUCCCGUCGUGUUAUGUGGCGAUGUUUGACGAGUACGACGAGGGGACGGCCAUCGCAAAGGCGGCCGAGAAUAAGUNCGAGAGCUGGACAUCCCGUCGUGCGGCCGAGAAUAAGUCAAUGAUUCCGACAGACCAGUGGUUCCUGACGAUGGACGCCGACGGGGUGGCCGUCAGCGCCGACUUCUACCUCCGACUCGCCGGCGAUGGCAACCGAAUGAUGCAAAAGCAGAUACCGUUGACUCAAACGCAUCCCACAAAACACUACCCGUAA